AAAUGUGUGUUGCCUGCUUGGUGACAUCAUGGAUUGGAAGCUGUGGAAUGGCAACGGUAACAUCAAUUGUGCAAACAGAAUCUGCUCCUCUCUGGAUGGUUUUCUGCUUAACAGUAGAAAAAAGUCUUUUGAAAUUUAAAUCUCCUUUGUUGUCACCCAUCCACUCACCUACCAAAACAAAUUAUGUGAUACAGUACGAGGAGGCUUAUCUGGCUUAUCCUGUGCAGUAAUCAUGGAUUUCCAACAGUUUCUUGCAUGGCAAAAUCUACCAUCCUUGACUUCAAAAACUGAUGCCCUUGAAUCUUCAUCCUCAUCAAAAUCAGGAAGUGUUAGUGAAUAUGAAUUGGAACAUCAUGCUGUGCCCAAAGUUACAGCCACCAAAAUAGAAGCCAGGCCCAUCCCCUCAGUUGAAAUUCCUCCUCCUGUAAAGAAUGUUUUGGAUAAAGUUGACAUGGCACAGCUGGAACGAGCAAAGAAGGAAGUUGCUAAAAAACUCUUUCUCAUUCUGGAUAAUGUGAAUCUGGCUUAUGAGCGCUACAAAAAGGAUGAUGGGAUUGAUUCCAACAUACAACGUGAAUACAACAAUACACUAUCAUGGGAGGAGAAAAGCCGUCGAUCUCACUUCCUAGAUGAAAUUGAUGAUGUGCUAAGUGACAACAUGAGCAAACUGCAGGACUUGCGCAUGGUGCUGGAAUCAUUAAAGGACUGGAGUGGAAAGCUGAAAAAAGUUCAGUUACAAGAAAGAACAAUUCCCGAUGAAGAAAUGAUCGAUGAAAUGGAGAUGGAUCUCAAUAACUCUUUUGAAACAAUUGAGGCAAAUGUUCAGCAUUUGAUCAAGCUAUUCCACCCACUCUUUACGGAGAAAAUGAGGACACGACGGAAAUCAGGUCAAAGACCUGCCCUUCUGUUUAAAGCAUGGCGAGAUAAAGUGGCAGAUACGCCUCAAGAAGGUGAGCCUUUGACACCCGAGCAGAUGUUGGAAGAUGAACCUGUUACUUUCGCUCGUUGUCAUGAAGUUAACAACAUGAUACAUGAACUAGGGGAAUCUUCACUUUUCAACAAAGUGGAAAUAGUUGCCCUCAAGUACAUUGCAGCCAUGGUAGCAAACCUUAUAAAGGCAUUCAGCCUUCUAGUUAAACAAUGCCGCAACCUAAAACUCAAGUGUGACAAUCUAACUGGUGUGGAAGGCAGGAAGCAAGAUCCUCAGGUUGCAGCCCUACAGAGAGAACUGCGAAUGGCCCUGGAGAAAAAGACAGCAUUGGAAAAGCAAGUCCAAGAUGCUGAAGAAAGGUGCAUGGUACUCCUUAUCACAAAUGAAAUGAUUCAAAAAGAGUUGCAUGAUGCAAACGAGAAAGCAUUAUUAGCAGGUGGUGUCACCUUUUCCAAGGCUACUACAAGUAAAAGUCAUAGUAAAAGUGAUGCUGAGAAAGAUGUGAAAAGCAAACAAGAUGAGAAACCAAAACUCCAUAUAGAAUCUAAAAAGAGGCUAAGCAGAAAAGGUGAAGGAGAAACCUCAGAUGAAAAAUGGGAGCCUCGAGGUAAUGGUGUGGAAACAUCUCAAGCAAAAAUUUCUGGGAAAGAACCAUCUUCAUCUGGAAGCAUCCGAGAUACAGGAAUUAAACAGCCACAAAGUAGGAAAAUUAAAAAAGACAAAACAAUCCAAGAGGAAGACAAAUUGCCAGAGAAAGUAAUAGCCCGGAUAACCUUUGAUAAAUGGAAAAGAAAGAAAACACAGGAGGCUUCAGAUGAAAAAAGUCCCUCCGAGGACAGAAUACUUACUGAAUCAUCACAGGAGCUAACUGACCAAAUGGUCACUGGUAAGCUAAAAGCAGCUGAAGAUGUCAGACCAGAGUCUAACUUAAUUGAAAAGAAAAAAUUGCAAGCUGAUACCUUAAAAAGUUCCCUAACACCCAAAGGAACCCCAACAGAGUCUUCUGAAGAAAGUACUGUGGUCCACUUACAUGACACAGGAUCUGAUAAGGAGGCAUCUCCAAAGGCUGUUGAAGAUGUUCCUCCAAAAUCCAGUGAUGAAAAGCCUAUUAAGAGCAGUUCACCUGCAGUGGAACCUUCACCAUUAGCUGAACCCCCUACAGAAGGCAUUCCAGGUCAAAGCAUCCAAAAGGAUAAAAAAGUAAGUAGGCGCAGGUUAUCACUGAAAGGUACUGCAGAUACAUUUGUAAUGACCAUGAAAACAAAAAAGAUAGUCAAAUUCAUAGAAAGUGAAUCGACUCAAAGGCCUACAACGGCACCAGACGUCAAGGAGGAGCCAGAGUCCCUAGAUAAAAACCUGACACAAACAGCUACAUCAGAACAAAUGGAGGAAGCCCCGAAACAGUUAGCAGAUGAAUCAGCAGAAAGCCAAGAAAAAAAAGAAACAAAGCGCUGGAGUAAAUCAUUAUCACUUCCAGAGCAGGCGGAGAAGUCUAAAGAAGUGAUCCAUGGUUUAAGUGUAAAGUUGCAAGAGAUUGCCAGGGAGAGGGAUGGUAUGAUAGAUAUACAGACUAUCAAAGAUAUUUUUGAAGAAUUGGACCUAUCAUAUAAAGACACUGCACCAGGACCAGUGAAAGGAAGCCACCCUGAAGACAGGCCUGUCAAAGUAUCCAGUGCAGAGGAGUCCCCAUUGCCUCCUGAUACAGCUGAGCAAGCAUCUACUACAAAGGAAGAACAGGGAAUCGCAAGAGUUGAAGAAACUGCCCGUGGGCAGGAUACAAGUGCUGCACUCCAUGAAUUUCAAGAAGCCACCCUUGCUUGUUUAGAGGAGAAGCUAGAAAAGUUAAAGACAGGUCCUCCCAGCAGUGGGAAAUUGUCAAUAAAAUUUCAGCCCACAGAUCCACAAGUUCAACAACUAUUUAAGGCAAUAGAGAAGAAAGUGGAAGAAUGCUUCUUGAUAAAGGAGAAAUCCUUCAUUAGCCUGAAGAGGGGCAGGCUAAGGAGUUCUCAAAGCAUGGGAGGGUUGGAAGAUAAAAGUGGAAAGGAAGUAACCCAAAUUCCUUCAUCUACCCAGGGCACACCUACCCAGGACAUACCCUCUCGGGGCACAUCUAUGCAUGGCACACCUACCCAGGACACACCUACCCAGGACACACCCACUCAGGACACAGCUACCUGGGACACACCUAGCCGAGGGACACCUAUCCGGGACACACCUACCAGGGACACACCUAGCCGAGGGACACCUACCUGGGACACACCUAGCCAAGGGACACCUACCCGGGACACACCUACCCGGGACACACCUACCAGGGACACACCUAGCCGAGGGACACCUACCCAGGACAUACCCUCCCAGGACACACCUACCCAGGGCAUACCUACCCAGGGCAUACCUACCCAGGGCACACCUACCCAGGACACACCUACCAGGGAUACACCUAGCCAAGGGACACCUACCCGGGACACACCUACCCGGGACACACCUACCAGGGACACACCUAGCCGAGGGACACCUACCCAGGACAUACCCUCCCAGGACACACCUACCCAGGGCAUACCUACCCAGGGCAUACCUACCCAGGGCACACCUACCCAGGAUACACCUACCCAGGACACACCUACCAGGGACACACCUAGCCGAGGGACACCUACCAGGGACACACCUACCAGGGACACACCUAGCCGAGGGACACCUACCAGGGACACACCUAGCCAAGGGACACCUACCCGGGACACACCUAGCCAAGGGACACCUACCCGGGACACACCUACCAGGGACACACCUACCCAGGGCACACCUACCAGGGACACACCUAGCCGAGGGACACCUACCAGGGACACACCUAGCCGAGGGACACCUACCCGGGACAAACUUACCAGGGACACACCUACCCAGGGCACACCUACCCGGGACACACCUACCAGGGACACACCUACCCAGGGCACACCUACCCGGGACACACCUACCAGGGACACACCUAGCCGAGGGACACCUACCCAGGGCACACCUACCCAGGACACACCCAUCAAGGACACAUCUACCCAGGGCACACCUACCCAGGACACACCCAUCAAGGACACACCUACCCGGGACACACCUACCAGGGACACACCUACCCAGGGCACACCUACCCAGGACACACCCAUCAAGGACACAUCUACCCAGGGCACACCUACCCAGGACACACCCACCCAGGACACACCCAUCAAGGACACACCUACCCAGGACAUACCCAUCAAGGACACACCUACCCAGGGCACACCUACCCAGGACACACCUACCCAGGGCACACCUACCCAGGACACACCCAUCCAGGGCACACCUACCCAGGACACAGCCAUCAAGGACACACCUACCCAGGGCACAUCUACCCAGGACACACCCAUCAAGGACACACCUACCCAGGGCACACCUACCCAGGGCACACCCAUCCAGGACACAUUUACCCAGGACACACCUACCUGGGACACACCUACCCGGAAAACACCCACCCAGGACACAACCACCCAGGACACACCUAGCCAAGGGACACCUACCCAGGACACACCUACCCGGGACACACCUAGCCAGGGCACACCUACCAGGGACACAGCUACCCAGGAAACACCUACCCGGGGCACAGAUACCCGGGACACACCUAGCCAGGGCACACCUACCAGGGACACAGCUACCCAAGACACACCAACCUGGGGCACAGCUACCCAGGACACAGAUAUGCGGGACACACCUAGGCAGGGCACACCUACCCAGGAGACACCUACCCGGGAGAUAUCUACCCAGGGCACAGCUACCAGGGACACAGCUACCCAGGACACACCCUCCCAGGGCACACCUACCCAGGACACACCCACCUGGGACACACCUACCCAGGACACAGAUACCUGGGAUAUACCUACCCAGGACACACCUACCCAGGACACACCUACCCGGGAGACACCUACCCAGGAGAUGCCUACCCGGGAGACGCCUACCCGGGAGACACUUACCCGGGAGACGCCUACCCGGGAGACACUUACCCGGGAGACGCCUACCCAGGAGACGCCUACCCGGGACACGCUUACCCGGGAGACGCUUACCCAGGAGAUGCCUACCCGGGACACGCUUACCCGGGAGAUGCCUACCCGGGACACGCUUACCCGGGAGAUGCCUACCCGGGAGACGCCUACCCGGGAGAUGCCUACUCGGGACACACCUACCCGGGAGACACCUGCCCGGGACACGCUUACCCAGGAGACGCCUACCCGGGAGAUGCCUACCCGGGAGACACCUAGCCAGGACGCACCGAGCCAGGACGCACCGAGCCAGGAGACACCUCUUCAAACACACCUCAAGUUUGAAAAGUCAUUAGGUGGGCCUUUGAUGCUUCCUGAAAUGCAGCCAGAACAACCAAUUACUCCAGAUGUUUCCUUGCGUUCAGAACCAGAAAAGUGCCAGAAGACGGAAGUGGAAGAGAUCAGAGAAGCCCAGGAGCAGCCUCAGUAUCAAAAAGAAGAGUUCUUACUGCAGGAUGAACUCCUACCUAAAUUGCAAGAGAAGAAAAAAGUCCUGGCCAAGGCUUUACCUCCCAUAGGAGAAGAGCAAUCUCUGGAACACGGGCCUGAUGAACGUGAUCAGCAGGCCAAGAAACUGAAGCAGGAAGAUAAAGAACAAGAGAUUAAACCAUCUUCUGAGGAGCAACCGAAGACUGUCGACAAAGGAAAAGAGUCACCCCCCAAAGUGAGCAGCCUGAAACUAAAAAGCUUCCAGGAGUUAAAUGCAGAGAAGGGGCUCUGGUACCAGCAACUUCAAGAGCAGCUGCUGACAGAGAAGGAGCGGGUGCAGGAAGAGCGGAUACGGCUACAGGGGGAACGUCAGCAAAUGGAAGAGGCAAAAGAGAAGCUGGAACAAUGGCAGGAGUUCUUUCAGAAGCAGCAGGAGCAGUGGAAGCAGGAGCAGGAGCAGCACACAGAGCAGGAGCAUCUCUGGCAGCUGCAGCUCAAGCACUGGCAGCGCCUGCAGCAGGAGAAUGAAGACCAUCGGCAGUACUGGGCCGAGCAGCAAGAGGAGCAGAAGGAGCAUCAGUGCGCGUUACAGGAGGAGGUCAGACAGCUGCAGCAACAGUACAAAGAGUACACACUGCUCCACGGGGAGCAGGCAAAGGAGAAGUGGUGCUGGAGCCAGCUGAAGGAGCAGCACAGAAAGCAGCAGGAGAUCUGGCAAAUGGAGGGUAUGGAGCAUGAGAGGAAGAGAAGGCAGUGGGAGCAACAGCUGGCAGAGCACGAGGAGCAGAUGGAGACCCUGAGGCAAGCACAACUGGAGCAAGAGGAGCAGAGUAAAAAGUGGCAGGCGGAGCGGCAGGAGAGGGAGCAAGAUCUGGAAUGCAUCUGGGAGAAGCACUGGCAGCAGCAGCUGCAGAACUGGCAUAAGCAGAUGCGACAACAGCACGCCCAGGAGCGCAGCUAUCGGGAGCAGAAGGGCAAGGUGCUGGAGAAGCAGACCCAGCCACGGAAGGAACUCAGGCCCCCAAGUCCCACGCUGAAAAUAGUGGAAAGCUCUGUUUUGGACAUGGUUGUUAAGCAAUAUAAAAUUUCGUCCAGUUCUAAGGAGAAAACAAUUUCUACCACCCCCCGCCUGACUCCCUCUUCUAGUAUUGAAUUAAAGGAAGAUUCCUCUGAGCUAGAAACCACGUGGUUCCCUAAACUGCUCACCAAAACAGAGAAGUUUCCUACAUGCGGCAUCGCAGAGAAGCGUUACUGGAUAAAUGUGGAAGCACAGAGGAAAAACCUGAAGCUGUUGCGGGAAGCUUCUCAGAAGGCUGAUAUUUCACUAGAUCUGUACAAUAACACUAAAGACACUAUCAAGCAAGCAUUACGCAGCAGCGCAGAGAGGCUAGCUUUACUCUUCCAUAAAUACAAGUCUUUUGACGAUCUCCACGAAGUCAGACGAAGCUUAAUUCUUCGGUUAGAUGCUGCCAGAGAAGCAAAAGAUGGUGCUAAAAUUCAGAAUUUGUACAAGAUGGUGGACAAGGUGGAUGCUUAUCAGAAAAAAGUUCUGAACAACUGGAGAGUUAAGCAGAAUGCUGUGGAGAAGCAGCACCAAUAUUGCCUUGAGAAAAUGGUUGACUUGUUUGCCCAGCUCCACUCGAGCACCAAACUCCAUCUCAGCAGUCCAUGCCCAUUGAUGGUUAAAGCAGGAGAUAGCACAAAGAAGGGGACCUUCCACAUGCCUCACAUUGGAUCUGUCUUCUUGAAGUCCAGGGUUUACAAAAGCCCUCUGAUCAGGGUGAAGAAACCUCAGGAUUUCACAUUAUCAGCUGUGGUCAGAAGAAAGCCAAGCAGUGAGCAGAUAGAAUCACUGUGGAAGACAGAUAUCACAGAAUUGAGUGUUCCCCUCGGACCCAAAGCACCUGUGCCUUUCCUGUGGCCUGAGGCCUUUGGCUUUCCAGAUAUCCCUAGAUUUCUGGAAUUAGACAUUUCCUCCAUUAGAAGGAAGCCCCUUCGACAUAUAGAGACUCGGAUUCAGAAUAUUCCCAGAUGGAAAAUAUCUGGAUAUAGUUUUAUGCAUUUGUAAAAUAGAUAGUAAUCAUAAUUAUUUUCAAUAUGUUAAAACAAUGUUAUGUAGGGAAUUGAAUAGCAAAUAUUUAUUGUAGACCUGAUCCAUUUAUAUUUUUCUGGCAUUUUUAUUAAUUUAUUUAACUGAUAUUUUACUCUUCAAUGGAGAUUCCAGCAUACUCAAAAAGGUUUACAUAAAUCAGCUUCCUGUUAUAAAACAACAGAUAAAUAAAAAGCAUAGUAAAA